UGUUAUUAUUUUAUUUAUUUAUGAUCGCUGAAGAGGAAUAUUAAGUAUGCUCGGGGCGGAGAGCCGACUGGAAAGUCGGCUGAAUAGGCUGGAGGUCCUCAUGAAGAAUCCGGAGUCAGUGUUAAACCUGGGAACACUGCUGGAUUCCAUAAAUGCCUUGGCUCACGAUUUGAACUACCCAGCUCUGCGGAAGAACAAGAACAUCGAAACAUUUCUGAGUCGAUAUGAAAAAGCGGUCAGCCAGCUGCGCGAGCUGCAGGUCAAGCUGGAAGACUUUGAGAAGGUGAAGCUGAUCGGAAGAGGUGCUUACGGAGAAGUGCAGCUGGUGCGACACAAGGCCUCUCGGAAAGUUUACGCCAUGAAGAAGCUCAACAAGUUUGAGAUGAUCAAGCGCUCUGACUCGGCUUUCUUCUGGGAGGAGAGGCACAUCAUGGCCUUCUCUAACAGCCCCUGGGUCAUCCAGCUGUGCUGCGCCUUCCAAGAUGACCGCCACCUCUACAUGGUGAUGGAGUUCAUGGCGGGCGGCGACAUGGUCACGCUCACCAUGAACUACGACAUACCGGAAGAGUGGGCUCGCUUCUACACGGCCGAGGCGGUGCUGGCCCUGGACGCCAUCCACAGCCUGGGCUUCAUCCACCGCGACGUCAAACCGGACAACAUGCUGCUCGACCAACACGGCCACCUCAAGCUGGCCGACUUCGGCACCUGCAUGAAGAUGGACUCUACAGGCAUGGUACGCUGCGACACCGCCGUGGGCACCCCCGACUACAUCUCCCCCGAAGUACUGCAGUCUCAGGGGAGCGAGGGUCACUACGGGCGAGAAUGCGACUGGUGGUCCGUGGGGGUCUUUAUCUACGAGCUGCUAGUAGGUGUAACACCUUUCUACGCUGAAUCCCUCGUGGGGACCUACGGGAAUAUUAUGAACCACAAGAAUUCCCUCUCCUUCCCCGAUGAUGUGGAAAUGUCCCAGGGGGCCAAAAAUCUCAUCUGUGCCUUUUUAACUGACAGGGAGAUUCGUCUGGGCCGCACCGGAGUGGAGGAGAUCAAACGUCACCCGUUCUUCAAGAGCGACCACUGGACCUUUGACAACAUCCGAGAGACUGUGGCUCCCGUCGUACCUGAGCUCAACAGCGACAUCGACACCAGCAACUUCGAUGACUUCGAGGACGAUAAAGGAGCCGCUGAGACCUUCCCGCCGCCAAAAGCCUUCGUGGGCAACCAGCUUCCAUUUAUCGGCUUCACCUACUUCAAGGAAGACCAGCUGCUGAAGGCAAAGAAAAACAGCUCCGAGCAGGAUUGUGAGAAGGAAAAAGAGAAACUAGAGGAAAAGCAACAGCGCUCUGACAACAAGAAAGAACAACUGCAGAAAAAACUGAAUGAACUGGAGGAGCAGCUGGACCAUGAAAUGCAGGCCAAAGACGAGCUGGACCACAAGUUCCGAAAUGCCACCAACCGUUUAGACAAGUUGGUCAAGGAACUAGACAAGGAGAUGAACAACAGACAACGCGUGGAGGCCUCGCUGAGGCAGCUGGAGUGCGAGCGAGCUCUGCUGCAGCACCAGAGUACCGAGAACCAGCGCAAAGUCGAUAUCGAGACGGACAGGAAACGCGGACUGGAGAACGAAUUGAAUACCCUGAGGGACCAGUUAGAAGAUCUGAAGAAGAGGAACCACAAUUCACAGAUCUCCAACGAGAAGAACAUCCAGCUGCAGAAACAACUCGAGGAGGCGGCUGGGACUCUUCGGGCCGAACAGGAGGCCACGAGCAAGCUAAAGAAGAGCCAGGCGGAGAUGCAGAAACAGGUCCAGAGCCUGGAGCUGAGCCUGAGGGAGACGCAGGAGAAGUGCAAGCAGCUGGAGGAGAGCAAAACGGAGCUGGAGAGGCAGCUGACGACGCUGCGGGCCGAGCUGGAGGCGGAGAAGAGGGAGCGGAGCGUCAAGAUGGAUGUUAUCGCUGACCUACAGAGGCAAACAUCUGGGCUGAAAGACGAGGUGAAAGAAAUGAAGUCAUGUCUCUCCACCGUCCAGACUGGAAAGAACCAACUGGAGGAGAAGCUCAUUGACCUUGAGAAGGAAAAGAGCAACCAAGAGAUCGAGCUGACGUUCAAGUUGAAGUCACUCCAACAGAGUCUAGAGCAGGAGGAGGCCGAACACAGAGCAACCAAGGCCAAGUUGGCGGAUGAAAACCAAACCUACCAGUCCCUGGAGGUAGCAAAGUCUACGGCCUUAAAAGAGAUGGAGCGCAGCCUUCAGGAGGAGCGCACGCUCAAGCAGGAGCUGGAAGCCAAGCUGCUGCAGCUGAAGAAAGAUUACUCCAUGCUGGACUGCGAUUACAAACAGGCACAGCACAAACAGGACGAGCUGCUCACGCGAAAGGAGAAAAUUUCCGAAGAGGUCAAGAACCUGAGCCUGCGCCUGGAGCAGGAGGUCCACCAACGCAGUUUGGCCCAGAGUGACCUGAAGAUGGAGAAACAGCAGGUGACCGUCCUGCACACCUCCGAGAAGCAGCUCAAGCAGGAGCUCAACCAGCUGCUUGAGAUUAAGCAGGUCUUGGAGAAACAAAACCAGGAGAUGCGCAGGGAGAAGCAGGAGUCGGAAGCUCUGCUGAAAGAUUUAAAGGACCAGCUGGAGGCGGAGCAAUAUUUCACGACCCUCUACAAGACGCAGAUCCGCGAGUUGAAGGAGGAGUGCGAUGAGAGCAACACUUUGUACAAGGAGGCUCAACAACGUCUGGAAGAAUACCAGGAGGAGAGGGAAUCGCUGGCCUCCCAGCUGGAAGUCAGCCUGACCAAGGCCGACUCGGAGCAGCUGGCCCGCUCCAUCGCCGAGGAGCAGUACUCGGAUCUGGAGAAGGCGAAGAUCAUGAAGGAGCUGGAGAUCAGAGACAUGACGGCCAGACAUAAACAGGAACUCGCCGACAAGGAGGCCACCAUUAGCUCGCUGGAAGAGUCCAAUCGUACCCUGACGGUGGACGUGGCCAACCUGGCUAGCGAGAAGGAGGAACUCAACAACCAGCUGAAAGAACUGCAGCAACAGCUCGAGGAUGCAAAGGAUGAGAAGGAGAACAUGAGCGCUCUCAUUGUGGGCUUUGAAAGACAGGUGCAGACUGAAAGGACGCUGAAGACUCAGGCCAUCAACAAGCUGGCCGAGGUGAUGAACCGGAGGGAGCCGACGAGGAGCGGCCACCGAGGCCCCGACACGGAGGUGCACAAGAAGGAGAAGGAGAACAAGAAGCUGCAACUGGAGCUGCGAUCGGAGAAGGAUAAACUCAACAGCACCAUCAUCAAAUUCCAGCGAGAGAUGUCGGAAAUGCAGGCGGUGAUAGCUGAGGAGAACCAAGUGCGUCAGGAGCUUCAGAUGACAUUGGCCAGCAAGGACAGCGACAUCGAGCAGCUCCGCUGUCAGCUGACCUCGCUCAGCGUCCACUCGCUGGACUCCACCAGCAUCAGCAGCGCCAACGACCUGGACGAAGGCUACCCAGUGCGCAUUACUCAAUCACACACUUCGGAAUCAAUGUCCUUCACCUACCAGCGCACACACAAAUCGGUGCGCGUCGACACCCGGCCCGACAUCCGCUCGGCGCGUUCUCUCUUUGAUUCUGACUCUGAGGAGGAAGAAAAUGCUGAAAGUGACGAGCGGGGCCAGCAGCCCCUGGCUCUCACCUACCAGCAGCCUGAGCCUGACCUUGAAGAUUCCAGACUCGAGGGCUGGCUUUCAAUCCCCAACAAGCACACAAAACGGUUCGGCUGGGACAAAAAGUUUGUCGUGGUUAGCAGUAAAAAGAUUCUGUUCUACAACAGCGAGCAGGACCGAGAACAGGCCAACCCUUUCAUGAUUCUGGAUAUAGACAAGCUCUUUCAUGCCCGACCCGUCACUCAGACUGACGUGUACCGCGCCGACGCCGCGGAAAUCCCCCGGAUAUUUCAGAUCCUGUACGCCAACGAGGGCGAGAGCAAGCGUGAUCAGGUGGUCAUGGAGAGCACCCCCUUCGGCGAGCGCCCGUCCCACAUCAACCACAAGGGGCACGAGUUCGUCCUCACGCUUUACCACUUCCCGUCCAGCUGCGAGGCGUGCACUCGGCCGCUGUGGCACGUAUUUAAGCCGCCGCCGGCCCUCGAGUGCCGCCGCUGCCACGCCAAGUGCCAUAAGGACCACCUGGACAGAAAGGAGGAGGUCAUUGUGCCCUGCAAGGUGAACUACGACAUGUCCACGGCCAAAGAGUUGCUGUUAUUGACCGGGAGCCGGGAGGAUCAGAAGCGAUGGGUCAGCCACCUCCUCAAGCGCAUCCCCAGGAAGCACCCGCAGACCGCCGCCGCCUCCGCCCCGGCCCAUCUACCCGAGGCACCGGCCAGAUCCUCCCCCCGCGUUUCGCCCCGCCCGUCACCCAGGGGCUCGCCGCAGAUUUCGCCGCACCGCGGGGCCAUGAGACUGUCGUCCUCCAGAAAUCAGCAGCAGUCCGGGAAAGCCAGCAGCGGCCCCAUGCUACGCAUCAUCCUCCACUGACCUCUUCACCCACCAUUCUAACGUUUCCCAUGCUUGGGAGACUUUAACCCUGGCUCAGCGAAGAGAUUCUUCUUCCUUGCGGAUGAUUGACAGCAGCGUGCCAAAAAUGAAACGGAACUUUUUUAACCCGAGGAACAAUCUUUUUCAGUAUGCCGAGUUGUCAUAACGACACGGUGAACAAAAUUGGACUUUCACAUUUGGGUUUGAAGUGCAAGGGCUGUGUGUAUUGUAUAUAUAUCAAAUGAAGAGGACUUUUUUUUUUGUGGAUCAUAUCUUAGAAUGUUUAAAAAACACGGCUUGUAUUAUUUUCUUAUGAGCGUUUAAUAUUACACAUCAGCACGGUGGGCUUGUCUGGGAAUUGUUUACAAAACAAAAUUGCACAUUCAUUUUGGGUCACCAGUUCAGUUUGUCAAAAAAAAAAAAACAUUUGUCUUUUUAAAUGGAAACUCAAGCAAUCCCGUUUUUUUUUUUCUCCUAAUGGUCAAAUAAAAUUACAUAACCAUC